CGCUGCUUCCGGCUCUUUGUCGCUGACGUUGCAUCCGGGCAAUUUUAGGCUAAUGUUGGGCAGAAUAUCAAAAUAUAAAUUUACCGCUACUCCCUAUCCGUUUGUUUAAAAUGUUUGGUUUACUUGGCGAUGCCAGUUAGAGCACCCAGCAGUGUUGUUGCUGUUUUGUGCUGUCCGCCAUCCCCGUAAAUCCAGCUAUUCAUUGCAUAUGCAGAGGGCUACUACUUCAUUGUUAGCCUAGCCGUAGCCAUGCUCUCACACUCUUCUUCCUGGCUCAGGGACCACAGCUACUAGCUAGCCCGGUAGCUGGCUAGCCAAACGUUUUCUCAGUAUUAACGUGUUUGUUAUUUGUGCGUUAGCGCUUCUUGCACAUUUAAUUUCCGGUCACAUUCCCCGUUAAAGCGCCGGUCUGGAGAAACCGCGUCUCGUUUGUUUUGACACGUACACCUAGCUAUUAGCUUUGUUAGCAAGACAGGCAGCCGGCUAACUUUGAGGAAACGUCUCAUUGCUUCAUGACAUUAAAGUGGUGUUGACGCUGCCUUGACCUGGGCGGUUUACUUCAGCUGCAUUGACUAAAAAAGUCAUUUCACGAUUCCGGUGACGACCUCUCAGGUCAAGUAACCGGAGUUUCUGUUUCUUGGUCUGUGGUCAGUUCGCCUGCCACGAUGGCUUCUUCCUCUGGGAACGACGACGACCUCACCAUCCCGAGAGCAGCUAUCAACAAGAUGAUAAAAGAAACUCUCCCCAACGUACGAGUGGCUAACGACGCCAGGGAGCUAGUGGUGAACUGUUGCACAGAGUUCAUCCACCUCAUAUCCUCGGAAGCCAAUGAAAUAUGCAACAAGUCCGACAAGAAGACCAUCUCUCCCGAGCAUGUCAUCAACGCCCUCGAGAGCCUCGGUUUCGCAUCAUACAUCACAGAGGUGAAAGACGUCCUGCAGGAGUGUAAAACCGUAGCCCUGAAGAGGAGGAAGGCCAGCUCUCGACUGGAGAACCUGGGCAUCCCGGAGGAAGAGCUCCUAAGACAACAACAGGAACUAUUUGCCAAGGCACGGCAGCAGCAGGCAGAGCUCGCCCAGCAGGAGUGGUUGCAGAUGCAGCAGGCUGCCCAGCAGGCACAGAUGGCAGCAGCGUCUGCGAGCGCAGCCCAACAGGCCGGUUCCUCUCAAGAUGAAGACGAAGAGGACGACAUGUGAUCCCCGGACACCGUUCAACUUGUCCGAAUCCCUUCCUGGGACAGUGUUGGCACAAAAAAAAAAAACAUCUCCCAGUGCUGUCAUCGUUAGAGACAUGAGACGCAUAUGACUGCUGGUAUACAUCUGCGAAACAUGGGAAAUGCACAUUUGGAACGGACAGUGAAAAGAAAGAUGAAGGGGGAUUUCAAGAUAGCCACACGUUCAGAUAACAGUACCUGAAAAUGAUUUGGAUUGGACGUCUGAAGUUUUUGAUUAAUCCCAUUUCUCCCCCCUUUUUAGUUGUUUCUGUUUAAUACUGUCAUGAUAUUAUGUUGUGAGUUCUUUGUAGAGUUCUGGGUGUGCUGUUGACACACUGAAGGCAAACGCUGUCUGGCAUAUGUGGAUGGGUUUUGGUGGUAAAUGCAGCAAGAGUUUGCUCCUUCAGGUACCGCACCAGAUAGCUUGUUUAAGUCAUCCAUAGUUCUUGAUCACAGUCAGUGGUUUGGGAGAACUGCUCUUGAGUAAUUUCAGAGCAUCCGAUUCCUCCUUUCUUGGUGUUAGAUGGUCAUUUUUACAGAAAGGGGUUUCCUAAUUCCCUUACUGGUAUAUUUGUACAACAGUGGAUUGUUUGAGGGGAUGUGAAUAUUGAAUUUGUUCUAUUAAGUAGAGAAAUAAAUGGAUAUUUUGUUUAAUUUUAACUCAAUGUACUUUAUGUUGCAUUUUCCUUCUACCUUGAACCACCCACAGUAUUGGUAAUUAGCUACACCUUCGAGAAAUGGAAUAUAUUUGUCUCAUAGAACCAAAGAUAGCGGACAGACUAACAGCCCAGAUUUUUUUUAAAAAAAGGUGUAGGUGCUACUGUAAUUCACGUUGCUGACUACGGAUCAGUAUAAGCAGUGAUUAACCGAUAACUUUGUAAAAUGCUUUGAUAUCCAGGCCGAAUUUGUUAUUUCCCUUCUCCUCAGUUGCAGUAUCAAACAUUUGCAUUGUGACUGUGGUCAGUCCUCAGUGUAAAGACAAGUAAUCUAGUUGUGAUACACAUUCACUUGCCUAUACUACAAAGUUGUAUUCUUUAAGCAAUAAAGGAAGCCUGUUUUAUAGA